AUGUUCCAGGCUUGCGAGCGUGGGUCCCACAGGACACUGGGAACACAAGAGACCGUGAACAUCCUCCCAGGGGACACAGAGCCCUGCAAGGACAAUUCCGGCAGGUUCUCAGAUGGGCUCGAUGGAGCGGAAGACUGUGAGGAAGACCUUGAGGUGGAAAAUGCCCCUCCAGGUGUCCGCGUAGCCCCACCAGUCUGGACUUUGCACAGCCUGCUCUUGCUGCAAGAAAGACCCCCUGCUCCUCUUCGGUUGUCUUCUUGUGUUCAGGGAAGGUGCGAGGCGGAGCGGGGGUCGGGGCCCGACGCGUCGCCCUCCGAGAGCCCGGCGGCCGAGCGCGGCCCGGAGCUGGGCGCCGACGAGGAGCAGCCGGUCCCGUACCCGGCGCUGGCGGCCACCGUUUUCUUCUGCCUCGGGCAGACCACGCGGCCGCGCAGCUGGUGUCUCCGGCUGGUCUGUAACCCGUGGUUCGAGCACGUCAGCAUGCUGGUCAUCCUGCUCAACUGCGUGACCCUGGGCAUGUUCCGGCCCUGCGAGGACGUCGAGUGUCGCUCGGAGCGCUGCACCAUCCUGGAGGCCUUCGACGACUUCAUUUUUGCCUUCUUCGCGGUGGAGAUGGUCAUCAAGAUGAUCGCCCUGGGGCUCUUUGGGCAGAAGUGCUACCUGGGUGACACGUGGAACAGACUGGACUUCUUCAUUGUCAUGGCUGGCAUGAUGGAGUACUCUCUGGACGGACACAAUGUGAGCCUUUCAGCCAUCCGGACAGUGCGUGUGCUGCGGCCACUCCGUGCCAUCAACCGAGUGCCCAGCAUGCGGAUCCUGGUGACUCUGCUGCUGGACACACUCCCCAUGCUCGGGAACGUCCUUCUGCUCUGCUUCUUCGUCUUCUUCAUUUUCGGCAUUGUUGGUGUCCAGCUCUGGGCUGGCCUGCUGCGCAACCGCUGCUUCCUGGACAGUACCUUUGUCAGGAACAACAACCUGACCUUUCUGCGGCCGUACUACCAGACAGAGGAGGGCGAGGAGAGCCCGUUUAUCUGCUCUUCGCGCCGCGACAACGGCAUGCAGAGGUGCUCGCACAUCCCAGGCCGCCGCGAGCUGCGUGUGCCAUGCACGCUGGGCUGGGAAGCCUAUGGGCAGCCGCAGGCUGAGGGCGCAGGUGGCACCGGACACAACGCCUGCAUCAACUGGAACCAGUACUACAACGUGUGCCGCUCGGGUGGCUCCAACCCCCACAAUGGUGCCAUCAACUUUGACAACAUCGGCUAUGCCUGGAUUGCCAUCUUCCAGGUGAUCACGCUGGAGGGCUGGGUGGACAUCAUGUACUACGUCAUGGACGCGCACUCCUUCUACAACUUCAUCUACUUCAUUCUGCUCAUCAUCGUGGGUUCCUUUUUCAUGAUCAAUCUGUGCCUGGUGGUGAUCGCCACGCAGUUCUCAGAGACGAAGCAGCGAGAGAACCAGCUGAUGCGGGAGCAGCGGGCCCGCUACCUGUCCAAUGACAGCACGCUGGCCAGCUUCUCGGAGCCCGGCAGCUGCUACGAGGAGCUGCUCAAGUACGUGGGCCACGUCUUCCGCAAGGUCAAGCGGCGCAGCCUGCGUCUCUACGCCCGCUGGCAGAGCCGCUGGCGCAAGAAGGUGGACCCCAGCAGUGCCCUGCACGGCCAGGGCCCGGGACGGCGGCAGUGCCGGCCUGGCAGGCGCACGGCCUCCAUCCACCACCUGGUCUACCACCACCACCACCACCACCACCACCACUACCACUUCAGCCACGGCAGCCCACGCAGGCCUGGCCCCGAGCCUGGCACCUGUGAUACCAGGCUGGUGCGGGCCAGCAGGCCCCCCUCGCCACCCUCCCCGGGCCGAGCGCCACUGGAUGCGGAGUCUGUGCACAGCAUCUACCAUGCUGACUGCCAUGUGGAGGGGCCGCAGGAGAGGGCCCGGGUGGCGCACACAGCAGCCGUCGCUGCCGCCAGCCUCAAGCUGGCCGUGGGGCUGGGAGCCAUGAACUACCCCACGAUCCUUCCCUCGGAGGCAAGCGGCGGCAAAGGCGGCUCCAGCCCUGGGCCCAAGGGGAAGCGUGCCAGCGGGCCUCCAGGAGCCGGAGGACACAGUCCCUUGAGCCUGGGCGGCCCUGACCCCUAUGAGAAGAUCCAGCAUGUGGUCGGGGAGCAUGGCCUGGGCCGAGCCCCCAGCCAUCUGUCGGGCCUGAGCGUGCCCUGCCCCCUGCCCAGCCCCCAGGCGGGCACACUGACCUGUGAGCUGAAGAACUGCCCGUACUGCGCCAGCGCCCUGGAGGACCCCGAGUUUGAGUUCAGCGGCUCAGAGAGUGGAGACUCAGAUGGCCAUGGGGUCUACGAGUUCACACAGGACGUGCGGCACGGAGACCGCCGGGACCCCAUGCAGCCACCCCCAGCGGCGGAUGCGCCGGACCAGGGCAGCACGCGGCGGCGGGCACCACGACGGGUGGCCUCGGGCGAGCGGGGUGGGCCGGGCUGUGUCUGGGCCAGCUUCAGUGGCAAGCUGCGCCGCAUCGUGGACAGCAAGUACUUCAACCGUGGCAUCAUGGUGGCCAUUCUUAUCAACACGCUGAGCAUGGGUGUCGAGUACCAUGAGCAGCCCGAUGAGCUGACCAACGCCCUGGAGAUCAGCAACGUUGUCUUCACCAGCAUGUUUGCCCUGGAGAUGCUGCUGAAGCUACUGGCCUGUGGCCCACUGGGCUACAUCCGGAACCCCUACAACAUCUUCGAUGGCAUCAUUGUGGUCAUCAGUGUCUGGGAGAUUGUGGGGCAGGCAGACGGUGGCCUGUCAGUGCUGCGGACCUUCCGGCUGCUGCGGGUGCUGAAGCUGGUGCGCUUCAUGCCGGCACUGCGGCGGCAGCUGGUGGUGCUCGUGCGGACCAUGGACAACGUGGCCACCUUCUGUAUGCUGCUCAUGCUCUUCAUCUUCAUCUUCAGCAUCCUGGGCAUGCACCUCUUUGGCUGCAAGUUCAGCCUGAAGACAGAUACUGGAGACACUAUCCCCGACCGGAAGAACUUUGACUCCCUGCUGUGGGCCAUUGUCACUGUGUUCCAGAUACUGACCCAGGAGGACUGGAAUGUGGUCCUGUACAAUGGCAUGGCCUCCACUUCCUCCUGGGCCGCCUUGUACUUCGUGGCCCUAAUGACCUUCGGCAACUACGUGCUCUUCAACCUGCUGGUGGCCAUCCUGGUAGAGGGCUUCCAGGCGGAGGGUGAUGCCAACCGAUCUGAAACAGACGAAGACAAGACCUCCACGCACUCUGAGCAGGAUUUCAACAAGUUCCAAGAUCUCCGAGCCACAGAGAUGAAGAUGUACUCAUUGGCAGUGACCCCCAAUGGGCACCUGGAGGGCCGAGGCAGCCUGCCCCCUCCCCUUAUCCUGCGCACGGCGGCCACGCCCAUGCCCACCCCCAAGAGCUCCCUGCACUUGGACACAGCCCACAGCCUCCGGGACUCACGGCGCGGCAGCAGCAGCUCUGUGGACCCCCAGCUGGGGGACCAGAAGUCUCUGGCCAGCCUCCGCAGCUCACCCUGCACCCAGUGGGGCCCCAACAGCGCCUGGAGCAGCCGGCGCUCAAGCUGGAACAGCCUGGGCCGCGCGCCCAGCCUCAAGCGCCGGAGCCAGUGCGGGGAGCGCGAAUCACUGCUGUCCGGCGAGGGCAAGGGCAGCACGGACGACGAGGCGGAGGACAGCAGGCCCAGCGGGGGUGCCAUGCCCCAGCCCUGCACCACUCUGCUGCGGCGUGCCGAGUCCCUGGACCACCGCAGCACACUGGACCUGCGGCCCCCGCGGCCGGCCACCCUCCUGCCCGCCAAGCUGCACGACUGCAACGGGCAGAUGGCAGCCCUGCCCAGUGAGUUCUUCCUGCACAUCGACAGCCACAAGGAGGACGUGGCGGAGUUUGACGAUGAUGUGGAGGACAGCUGCUGCUUCCGCCUGCAGAAGGUGCUGGAGCCCUACAAGCCCCAGUGGUGCCAGGACCGCGAGUCCUGGUCGCUCUACCUCUUCUCCCCACAGAACCGGUUCCGCAUGUCCUGCCAGAAGGUCAUUGCCCACAAGAUGUUCGACCACGUGGUGCUGGCCUUCAUCUUCCUCAACUGCAUCGCCAUCGCGCUGGAGCGGCCUGACAUCGACCCCGGUAGCACUGAGCGGGUCUUCCUCAGCGUCUCCAACUACAUCUUCACAGCCAUCUUUGUGGCCGAGAUGAUGGUGAAGGUGGUCGCCCUGGGGCUGCUGGCGGGCGAGCGCGCCUACUUGCAGAGCAGCUGGAACGUGCUGGAUGGGGUGCUGGUGCUGGUUUCCUUGGUUGACAUCGUGGUGGCCAUGGCCUCAGCCGGCGGUGCCAAGAUCCUGGGCAUCCUGCGCGUGCUGCGCCUGCUGCGGACCCUGCGGCCUCUGAGGGUCAUCAGCCGGGCUCCGGGCCUCAAGCUGGUGGUGGAGACGCUGAUAUCAUCGCUGCGGCCUAUUGGGAACAUCGUCCUGAUCUGCUGUGCUUUCUUCAUCAUUUUUGGCAUCCUGGGGGUGCAGCUCUUCAAGGGCAAGUUCUACCACUGCGAGGGCGCUGACACCAGGAACAUCUCCACGCGAUCCGAGUGCCAGGCUGCCCACUACCGCUGGGUGCGGCACAAGUACAACUUUGACAACCUGGGCCAGGCCCUGAUGUCCCUGUUCGUGCUUUCGUCCAAGGACGGCUGGGUGAACAUCAUGUAUGACGGGCUGGACGCCGUGGGUGUCGACCAGCAGCCCGUGCAAAACCACAACCCCUGGAUGCUGCUGUACUUCAUCUCCUUCCUGCUGAUCGUCAGCUUCUUCGUGCUCAACAUGUUUGUGGGUGUUGUAGUGGAGAACUUCCACAAGUGCCGGCAGCACCAGGAGGCUGAGGAGGCGCGGCGGCGCGAGGAGAAGCGUCUGCGGCGCCUGGAAAGGAGGCGCAGGAGCACUUUCCCCAACCCAGAGGCCCAGCGCCGGCCCUACUACGCCGACUACUCACCCACGCGCCGCUCUAUCCACUCGCUGUGCACCAGCCACUACCUUGACCUGUUCAUCACUUUCAUCAUUGGCGUCAAUGUCAUCACCAUGUCCAUGGAGCACUACAACCAGCCCAAGUCACUGGACGAGGCCCUCAAGUACUGCAACUACGUGUUCACCAUCGUCUUCAUCUUUGAGGCUGCACUCAAACUGGUGGCGUUUGGGUUCCGGCGGUUCUUCAAGGACAGGUGGAACCAGCUGGACCUGGCCAUUGUGCUGCUGUCUAUCAUGGGCAUCACGCUGGAGGAGAUCGAGAUGAACGCCGCGCUGCCCAUCAACCCCACCAUCAUCCGCAUCAUGCGCGUACUCCGCAUCGCCCGCGUGCUAAAGCUGCUCAAGAUGGCCACGGGCAUGCGGGCCCUGCUGGACACCGUGGUUCAAGCCCUGCCCCAGGUAGGGAACCUUGGCCUUCUUUUCAUGCUCCUGUUUUUUAUCUAUGCUGCCCUGGGAGUGGAGCUGUUCGGGAGGCUCGAGUGCAGUGAGGACAACCCCUGCGAGGGCCUGAGCCGGCAUGCCACCUUCACCAACUUUGGCAUGGCCUUCCUCACACUGUUCCGUGUGUCCACUGGGGACAACUGGAAUGGCAUCAUGAAGGACACGCUGCGCGAGUGCACCCGCGAGGACAAGCACUGCCUCAGCUACCUGCCCGCACUGUCACCCGUCUACUUCGUGACCUUCGUGCUGGUUGCCCAGUUCGUGCUGGUCAAUGUGGUGGUGGCCGUGCUUAUGAAACACCUGGAGGAGAGUAACAAGGAGGCCCGAGAAGAUGCUGAGCUGGACGCUGAGAUCGCACUGGAGAUGGCACAGGGGCCCCCACCCCGCCCCAGGCCUGCACCCCAGGAGAGCUCGGGUGCGGGGCCGGAUGCCCCGAGCCUCCUUGUUGCACGCAAGGUGUCUGUGUCCAGGAUGCUCUCGCUGCCCAACGACAGCUACAUGUUCCGGCCCGUGGCACCCGCCUCAGCCCCCCACUCUCACCUGCUGCAGGAAGUAGAGAUGGAAACCUACGCCAGCACGGACCCCUCAGGAUCGGCCGCCCCCACUCACUCGCCACCCCUGGAGUCCUGGGCCUCCCUCCAGGUCCCAUCAGCUGCAUCCUCCCCGGCCAGAGGCAGCAACACUCUCCAGGCUCCGUCCCCUCGGGGCACAUCCUGUUCCCCCAGCCUCAGCCGGCUGCUCUGCAGACAGGAAGCCGUGCACACCGAGUCCCUGGAAGGGCAGAUUGACGGUCCUGGCGACAGUGUCCCCGACUCUGGGGAGCCUGUUGAGAAGACCCCGGCAAGGCAGGUGUCCCUGAGGGGCUCCCUGCGGUCCCCACCCUGUUCCCCUCAGCCUGCCAGCAUCCGUACCCGCAAGCACGCUUUCGGACAGCGCUGCGUGUCCAGCCGGCCGGUGGCCCCAGGUGGAGAGGAGGCCGAGGCCUCAGACCCAGCCGACGAGGAGGUCAGCCACAUCACCAGCUCUGCCCAGCCCUGGCCGCCUGCAGCUGAGCCCCGCAGCCCCUCAGCCUCCCCUGCAGGCCGCGGGGUGGUGGGCAGCAAGCGGGACCUGUGCAGGUUCUACAGUGUUGAUGCCCAGGGCUUCCUGGACAAGCCGGGCCACGUGGACGAGCAGAGGCGGCCCUCGGCAGAGCUAGGCAAUGGGGACGGCUGCCUGGAGCCUGGAGAGGUAAAGUCUAGAGUCCUGGAGGCUGAACCCACCUUAGGGGCGCGCAGGAAGAAGAAGAUGAGCCCUCCCUGCAUCUCCAUAGAUCCCCCAGUGGAGAAGGAGGGGCCCCCUCGGCCCCCCGCAGCAGAAGGUCGCAGCACCACCCUGCGGCGCAGAACCCCAUCCUGUGAGGCCACCCCCCACCGGGACCCGCUGGAGCCCAUGGAGGGCCUGGGCGUGGGCGGAGACCCUGCAGCCAAGGGGGAGCGGCGGGGCCAGGCCUCCUGCCGGGCAGAGCACCUCACUGUCCCCAACUUCACCUUUGAGCCGCUGGAUGUGGGGGGCCCUGCUGGAGACCUUUUCUUGGACGGUGGCCACAGUGCAACCCCAGAACCCAGAGCUGCCUCCUCAGGAGCUGUGGCACCUCUGGAACCCCUGGAAAAAGAGCCUCCCAUGUCCUCCGGGGACCCCCCAGAGAAGGGGCCAGGGGCGCACCUCACAGUUCCCCAGAGUCCCCUGAAGAAACCACGGUCCCCCCCAGCCACCCCUGUGCAGGGCAGCAGUGCAGAGGAGCCGGUGUAGCUCAGGGCUGACUGCACACAGGGCUUUGGCACUGGGGUCUGGGGCACCCACUGGGGUGGUGGCCCUGGGUGGGGCCAUACGUGGACCCCGGCUCAGGCCCCACCAUGGGCAGAAAGGCCCAGGGCCGACGUCAGCCCAGGGAGAGGGAGGAGAUGCUGGAAGUAGGGAGUAGCCUCUUGGCCCUGAGACCCUCCACUGCGUUCGGGUUUUCCCAAGUUUGCCACUGCCAUCCCAGGCCAUGACGGUGGCCAGGUCAGCAGUCCUGCAAGGAGAGAGGCUGCAUCUCUGGGACAAGGAGCAGAAACCCACCACCGAGAGGAAGGCACCGGAGCUCCACCCUCACAGUCCACGUAUUUUUAUAGGGAACACACGCUUGGGGCCACCCCUGCCUUCACGGCAGCAGGUCUGGUCCCCGAGGCCACUGCGGCCAAAUGUCCUCUCCGCUCACAGUCCAGUCCCUCCCUCCUGUCCAUCACACCCUCACACACACCCUCCCCCACUGCGCCACAUGGCCCUCCGCAGGGGUCCCCCAGGAAUCAGCCAGGGGCUCUCUAGGAGGCGCCACAUGGACAGGGAGCCACGGCCAUGCAGUAAGGAGCCCCAACGCUGACGGGGCUCUGCCCUCCGUGGGGCUUCAGGAGCGAGGUUUCAGCUGACACCCUCUGUUAUGUUUCAUUCGUUUUAUAAAUUCAGGUUCAACAUUGCAAUAAUCCGAUGCAGAAAACUCAAGUCGGGGAAGGGGAAGGGAGAGAAUAAAGACUAACUUAUUUAAGAAACA